CCGGUCACUAAAACGUCUGGCCAUCUGAGUGAACACGGCAAGAACCGUUGCGUUUUCGUUAUCCAUGUUCAUGUCCAUAUUAUAGGUGUGUGUGUGUUUGUGCUCUCUCUUGAACCAAGUGAACAGUUAUUUUGUAAAACAAAGAACUGCAAUUUAGUUUGCUGUUUUGUGUUUUUGUAAUUCUGUAUAUUUUAAUAUAAUUACGAGCGCUUUCUUUGCACCGAAAGCAGAACAACAGAAAGGACAAUUCAAGUUCAAACCACCAGCUGGAAGCUGCAAAAGCCUUUUAAAGCUAACACGUGAUUGCUUUUGUUGAUUUUCGGAGCCAAUUCUUUUAAAAGAAGAAGUACCAAUUGGAUUUCAGUGCCAUAGGAUCAGCAGAAUCUUCUUGGCCAAAUGGUGCACACGUCGACCGAGAACAAGUCGAAGGUCUUGCCGCAAUAUGUUGCCGCCUUGGCAGCAGCUGGUGGUGCAUUCGCAGCGGGCACAGUGCUUGGCUGGACAUCGCCAGCAGAUACGCCAAUCGUCGCCGAUGGCACCGCCUACGAUUUUGAUGUAAGCAAAGAGCAGUUCUCGUGGAUCAGCUCGUUCAUGACAUUGGGUGCUGCCUGUGUGUGCAUCCCGAUUGGAUUCCUCAUCAAUAUGAUUGGACGCAAGUGGACAAUGCUAUUCCUUGUAUUGCCCUUUGUGCUUGGCUGGGCUCUGCUCAUUUGGGCACAGAAUGUGGGCAUGAUGUAUGCCGCACGUUUCAUUCUGGGUAUCGCUGGCGGUGCCUUCUGUGUGACAGCGCCUAUGUACACGGGCGAGAUUGCCCAAAAGGAUAUUCGCGGCACUCUGGGCAGCUUCUUUCAGCUAAUGAUCACCAUUGGUAUUCUGUUCGUCUAUGGCAUUGGUGCCGGUCUCAACGUUUUUUGGAUGAGCGUCGUGUGCGGCAUUUUGCCAAUCAUCUUUGGUGUCAUCUUCUUCUUCAUGCCGGAAUCACCUACAUAUUUGGUUUCAAAGGAUCGCACACAGGCUGCUGUGAAUUCGAUUCAAUGGUUGCGUGGCCAGGAUUACGAUUACGCACCCGAAUUGGAGGAACUGCAUAAGACAAAUCGCGAGAUUCGUGAGAACAAAGUGAAUAUCAUGGAAGCACUGACCCGUCCCGUUACCAUAAAGGCAUUGAGCAUCAGCUUGGGUCUCAUGUUCUUCCAACAAGUGAGCGGCAUCAAUGCAGUCAUUUUCUACUCCAAUGCCAUUUUUGAAGCUGCAAACACUGGAAUCAGGUCGGACAUGUCAACAAUUCUGAUUGGUGUGAUGCAGGUGGUGGCAACCUUUGUGUCCGUCCUUGUGGUGGACAAGCUGGGACGCCGUAUUCUGUUGCUCGCCUCGGGAAUUGUUAUGGCGCUGUCGACCAUUGCUAUUGGUGUUUAUUUCUAUAUGAAGGAUCAGGAUGAGAAAAGUGUGGAUAAUCUGGGAUGGCUGCCCGUUUCCAGCUUGUGCGUAUUCAUUGUCAUGUUCUCAAUUGGCUUCGGACCGGUGCCGUGGUUGAUGAUGGGCGAACUAUUUGCCACCGAUAUUAAGGGAUUUGCCGGCUCUAUUGCGGGCACCACAAACUGGGUGCUGGCCUUUGUAGUAACAAAGACAUUCAAGAAUCUGAAUGAGGGAUUGGGCACUGGUGGCACUUUCUGGUUAUUCGCUGGUCUCACUCUUGUUGGUGUCAUCUUCGUCUUCUUUGCCGUGCCCGAGACGAAGGGCAAGAGCCUCAACGAGAUUCAGCAGGAAUUGGCUGGCAACUCCAACUUGGAGCCGUCAAAUGCUAUACGAAGCGAGAAGUAAAAGCUGCUCAGCUACGAAAUUUUAUUUCAUUGUAACUUUACGUUUAUGUGUUAAGUGCAAGUCAAGUUCCAUUUUCAAUUGAUGAUUUGGCUAAUAGAAUUUAUUGUCCGAAUACAGUUUAGUUUGCACAGCAAAAUAAUGAAAGCGAGCACAGGAAACAAGGAAGGGUGAACGGGAAAAUGAGUUUGUACUAAGAAUGAAGACUGAAAGUCAAGUGCAUAAUAGCCAGAUAUGUUAGGGCCCUGUUAAUCUACUCUCUCAGCCACAUAUUCAUUUAAUUAUCGCGAUUUGUGUUUUCUGCUACCCUCAAGCGGCCAUUGAAAAGACAAUAGAAAUAAGCAGUAAAUAUACUGCAUUUGUAUACACAAACACUCCCACUCGAAGAUAUAUACAUUCAAUAAAUAUUACUCAUAUAUUUUUUUUAGAUCUUUUGUAUGUAAUCUUGGUAUUCUUGAGGGGAAAUUUGAAAAUGCUGUGCGCACAUUUGUGUAUCGAUAGCUGUCUAUGUGUAAUUCGGAACAUUCAGUUUUAAUUUAUGUAAGCAUUUUAGCCUGUUUAGUUUGUAAGCCAUGCAUUUUGCCAACCUAUUUAUUUACUAAAAGAAUUUUUCAACUUUUUAUACAUGUAUGUACCAGUAUGAUUUAAGAUUAUUUGAUUGCAAACAUUUCUAAUCGCAAUGAGGACAAUUAAUAUAUUAUAUCGAUAUCGAUGCUUACCAUAGCUCAAAAAUACUGCGUUAUAUCAUUGUUAAAAUAUCUGCAUCCAUUUCAAAAUAUUGAUGUAAUUUAUAUAUAUAUAUAAAUAUGUAUACAUAUACGGCAACCAUACUAAUGUGCAGAUGGUAGUGAGAAAUAUAUUAAAUAUAUGUAUGUUGUAAAUAAA